GUGAAGUAUGGGUGACAUUGGCAAACAAUGCUGUCAGAUUGAAAGCCGCAGCUGGUGCUGGAAUUUUGUCAGCCCCGCACCUGCACCUGCCCGAUUUGUGGCGGGGCUGCAAUGACGCGGGCGAGUCUUCGGACUUUCUGACACGAAAUUUACACCACUUCGCGCCCGCUCUGCCAACACUUGAGACACUGUCGCUUCACGCUCAAGCCCUCCGCGCACCCUCAGAUACCAAGCACAUAUUCCAGCAUGUCUCUCGGACAGCCAGGCGUACCGCUCGACGCGGAGCAUGCGGACAACUUCGAGGAUAUUGAGAAGCAGUUCGCGGUGAAGGUUGUCCAGCACAUGGAAACAUACUGGAACAUCCUCGAAAAGGUCAAGGGCUCGACGCUGCGCCUUACCAAGAUCGACGACGAGAUCUACGAGCACUUCCAGAAGGACUUCCCGGACUGGGACGCGACCGCGACAAUCAACGAGGACGAGAUGAAGAGCAAGGCCGGUAAGGAAAAGUGGCGCAACUUCAUCAACCAGUACGAGACGAAGGUCGAGGACUACAACUUCGGCGCCAUGGUCCGCGCCAGCUCGAAGACCGACUACACACAGGAGGGGACUAUUUUUGCUGUGCGCAUGCAGUUCUAUGCAAUCGAGAUCGUGCGCAAUCGCCAGGGUUUGAACGACUGGGUGUUCGAGCAGGCGCACCAGGGGAAAUAGACAGCGCC